AUGGGACAAUCAACGUCUUCUCGAGAUUUCGCAACACUACAACACCAUUUAAUUCAUGAUAACCAUGCAAACCGAAAGGCAAUGCUUGAUUUUAUUGCUGAUGAUCCCAUUUACAUUCCGCGUUACAACAUGCCACUUGAGUUUGAACGAGAAAUUACAUUGCAACGCUUAAAAAAACUUGGCGAUAAAGGUUUCAUCUCCGUAUUUGACUUUGAAAAAAAUCCGCUUAACAUUUUUGCUGCGCAUGAGGUAGCUGGUAUGGUAGAUGGUUCCAUGGGCACAAAGAUGACAGUUCAAUGGAACCUUUUUGGUGGAACUGUUAUUAAACUUGGAACUGAACGCCAUAGGCAUAUUCUUUCUGGCGUGGACAAUCUUCACAAUGUUGGAUGCUUCGCUUUAACCGAAUUAGGCUAUGGGAACAAUGCGGUGGAAAUGGAAACUACCGCUAUAUAUGAUGAUGACAACAGAGAGUUUAUCAUCAAUACUCCGACAACGCUAGCUCAAAAAUAUUGGAUCACAAAUUCUGCUAUUCAUGCAAAAUGGGCUGUUGUUUUUGCUCAAACUAUAAUCCGUGGCCAAAAUGAAGGAAUACACGUUUUUCUUGUCAGAAUUCGUGAAGAAAAGUAA